AUGGAUGUCCCUCCAGGCGCCUCCGGGGCGCCCAUCCAGGAACAUCACAUCGUCAAAGCCGACGAGGUCGACCAAACGGGAACGGACAUUUCCCCCGUCUCGGACGACCAGCUGAUGGAGGAGGUGGCCGAAGGUCUGCGUCAAGAAAAGGCCUCCCAAGCGCCGCCCGCGCCUGGCCCAGCGGGAGCACCACCACAGCCUGAAAAAAUGGCGAAGCGUCCAGAUCUUCGUCGCGGCGGCACUGCACCACCUCCACCACUGCAGCCGCCGCCCCCAGCGCCGGUUCAGCAAAACAUGGAUCGGCCUCCAGACUCGUUGAGCCUAGCGCAGCUCAGACGUCUGGUACAUGAAAUGCCCAAGGUUGAACAGCCAGCUUAUGCAUUCGAUUACGCCGAUGCGCAGCCCUUCCCGGAAGAGCUUGAGGAGUGGUUUCAGUACAACGAUUUCGAUCGUGUGAUGCUGAUGGCCUCCAAGACAACCUUUGACCGCAAGUGGAGCAGCUUCAUUCAACAGAAAACUUCAGAUGCAAAUCAUAUCACGUGGGUCGAAGCAUCCGAGGAUCUGUGUCGGUCAUUCAUCAUUGAAAUGCUGGCUGGAUUACGGCAUGCCGAUAUCUCUGUGCGAGUGGAAGCUCUAGAGUGCAUUUCCUACCAAGUCACCGGGACUUGGGCGCUUACGGCAGGGCGAGUGGCGUCCGGUUAUCCCCAAGAGCCAGAUUCGAAAACAGCAGAAGAAACCCCUCGAUCAAAGUCUCUGCAGAUCGAGUGGAUGGAGAAAAAUGUUUCGCUUCUCCAGCAAUGCUCGGGAAUCCAGGUCUUGGUCGAAAGUCUUUGCCACUUGUUUGACAAAACUAGGCCUUCCAUGCACCCCGAUACGGACGGAAUGGAGUUUGAACGACUCAGUCCCGGGGAUAUUGCUGCCCCAGAGCGCGAGGCGAACCUUGUGCUUACGUGUCUCUACUUUGCUGUCGAGGUCGGCCGUCGACAGGAGGCUCAAACUCCCGACCAAACACCAGUUCGCGAUGCAUUCCGCGAGUCUGACCCUAAUCUACUGGUCACCAUCGUUGAGAUCAUUGCACGGUUGCGAUGGGAUGAGUCUGCCAACAUCCCUCUGACUAGAAUUAUUCUUCUCUUGUGGAAGUCUUUGCUUCUAGUGUUUGGCGGCACCGAAAGCCUCAAGCGGGCAAAGGGAGCCUUGGAGCCUUCCUUCACCCCAGACAACUCCUCGAAUCGCAGGACACCCUUCCUCACAGCUUCUCCCUUGGAUUAUCACCUCUUCCGCCAAGAAAUCACGUCCAAGUAUCCUGCAUAUAACCCUCCGCCGCCAAUAGUUCCUCUCGAGUUGGAGAACAACUCGAUUUUGCCACCUCUUCCGCAGCAUCCUAGCCGGAUCAAUACCUCAAGCGGCCUUUUCUCUGGAGUUGGACCCUCAAUUGCCGGCGGGAACGGCUCCAUUCUUCAGCAAUCUGUUCACAUUGCAACGCCUGCCCCGUCUCCCCCUCCAUCGCCUAUUGGUCCAGGAGGGAAGACCGGAAAGAAGCAGAACUAUCAAACAAACCAAAACUUUCCGUUCAUGUAUCCGCCACUUGAUGACACUAGCAACCACAUUGGUGGCAAAGGCACGACUGAACGCCAGGAUACGUUGGUUGGGAAACGAUGGGAGGGCAGUGAUGUCCCUGCAUCCAUUAUUGAGGCUGGAAAGCUGUUCUCUACACAUGUCAAGAUGACUCGCGCAAUGCGGCAAUUGUGGGACGAGCGCGAGCAUUUUAUGAAAUACGAUCGGGGGUGGAAUUUCGACGAUUCUGCAUGCCCGAUGGACUCCAACUCGGAGGAAUUGGCCAACGAAGUGGACGAGUUAAAAUUAUCAGAGAAGCAAACAAAUACUGAGCCUGAAACAGCGCCUGGGAAAGAGACGGACGAUUCAGAUGUGCAACGACGCUUGGAUGCGGUGGAGACGUUCUAUACGCAAACCUUGGCACACCUUCAGUCCAUCACCAUUGUCUUCCUCAAAAUCAUCUUGACGAAUGUCAGCGCGGUGGUGAACCAGGUCAACGCUCAAAGCUCUCAGACGAUGAGCAACGGCUACGGUGUCAAUGGGACCACAGAUCUCUUCUCUGAUGCCUCGAUUGACGAAUUGGACAAUAUCCGCCUGCGUGAAAUCACCGGUAAAGCUGUGUCUGGGACCUUGCUACUUCUGCUGAAGUGGUUCAAGAGAUCUCAUGUCUUGAAGUUUGAAUAUAUGACCCAGCUUCUUCUCGACUCGAACUACCUGCCUCUUAUCCUGAAAAUGUUUGCCCAUCAAGAUGUAGACCAGGCGGUGACGCAGAAGAAUGACCGGGAAGACCUGGCCUUCUUCCAUUUCUGUCGUACCCAUUCCGAUCAUGCCGCCGAGACACAUUCAGGCGAAGAUACAGAGAGUGAAGACGAGGCCGCUCCACCACCCAUUGCUCGCCACCGUCCCGAUCCAACAGCUGGCAGCAGCUCUGUGAAAGGCCUGUCUCCCGAGGACUCUGUUCAUGACUUUUUCGAUGGCCCUACCCGGCCCGAAGUGGACGAAUUAGGGUAUCCGACAGCACCACCACCCAAGGAACCGAUCACCGUGUUUUCCUUCCGCAACUUCUUCUCUGCAAUCAAUUACCUCCACAUCAUGCAGAAGAUCACACGCGACAAGGCGCACCGCUGUCUACUCCUGGUGCAAUACAAAUCCAGCACCAUCCUUCGCAAGGGCCUGAAGAUCCCCGACCCUCACCUCCGUUUUUACACGCUCAAACUCUUUAAAUCGCAGGUCCCCUACUGCGGCCGCAAAUGGCGCCAGAGUAACAUGCGUGUCAUCACUGCGAUUUACCUGUACUGCCGCCCCGAGCUGCGGGAUGACUGGCUGGCCGGGUCUGAUGUUGACGCUGAAGUCGAAGAAGCCCUCCCGCUGGAACAGGCGCUGCGGGGGUUGACUCACUGGUGGCAUCUGCGCCAGUACCAGGAUGUUAUGGGGGGUCCUGAGGGCACAUCAAUGAUGGAGGAAGAGAGGGACUUCUUUGUCCGAGAGCUCGAGUCCAUGGGCUGGGGCUUUGCGGAUGAAAUGCUCAGUGGUGUUGAUGAGUCGGAGAUGGUGGGUGGGCCGCCCAUGAUGAAUGGCGAGUGGGAUGGAGGGCCUUUGCAGAUGGAGGGUUGGACUUCCUAG